AAAACCCUAAUCUCCGGCUCCGCCAUCGUUCGAGCUUUCUCCCUUUGCUACCGAGAAGAAGAAAGAGGUGCCGCGUGGAUUCAAAAGAAGCUAAAAUGGGAAGCGACAGCGAAACGGAGAAGUCAGCACAGAAGCAAAAGAAGGCCAUAGCUCUGGCUCCCAUCGCUAAGCCUCUAGCCGGCAAGAAGCUCUCCAAGCGAACUUUCAAGCUCGUCCGCAGAGCUGCUGAACACAAAUGCCUGAAAAGAGGAGUGAAGGAGGUCGUCAAGAGCAUUCGGAGGGGCGGUAAAGGGAUAUGCAUUAUUGCUGGGAACAUAUCUCCAAUCGAUGUCAUCACUCAUGUUCCAAUAUUGUGUGAAGAGUCCGAAAUUCCAUACAUAUAUGUCCCUUCCAAAGAAGAUCUUGCAACUGCAGGAAAUACAAAGAGGCCUACAUGCUGCGUUCUCGUACUGACAAAACCUCCCAAGGGAGAGAUUCCCAAGGAGGAGCAGGAGAAGUUGAAGGCUGAUUACGAUCAAGUCGUAACUGAUAUCGCUGAGCUCACUUCCUCUAUGUUUUGAUCCAUAAGACUCUGCAAUUUCUUGUAUAACCUAGAAAACAUUGAAUCCUGUUAUCAGGUUAAUGGUAUGCAGUUUUAGCUUAUCCAGUCAGACUGUUGUGCUUUUUUCCAUGAUUUGUAUGAAUGAGCUAUAAAUUUGCCAUCCUCUUUUUCCUUGUUCCUUCUGUUCUUCUCAUCCAUGCCUCCCUGGCCCUUUCAUUCUUGUGACACUGGCCAUUGUUGAGAUUCCACGGGAAGAUUAUGGUCGUAGGUUUAGCAAUGUCUAUCAUCAAAUCAUUCAUUAUACUUCUGCACAAACAAAUAGACAUCAAUUUU